AUGGACUCAAUGCCUAUCAACUGGGAAACCCUCGACGCUCUCAUAAUCGAUUUCGCCAAAUCCGAGAACCUGAUCGAGGACUCAUCUCCGACUCCGCCGUCGUCUCCGUCGUCCGUUUCGUCGUCGUCGUAUCACUCGCGGCGGAUUAUCCGCCGGAUCAGACGCUCUUUGGAGGCCGGUGACAUUGACGCCGCCGUUGAUCUACUCCGCUCCCACGCGCCGUUUGUUCUCGACGAUCACCGCCUCCUCUUCCGCCUUCAAAAACAGAGGUUUAUUGAGCUGUUGAGGAGAGGCUCUCCGGAGGCGAGGGAAUCGGCGAUUAGUUGCCUGAGAACUGCUCUGGCUCCGUGUGCUCUUGACGCCUAUCCGGAAGCGUAUGAGGAGUUCAAGCAUGUACUACUAGCUUUUAUUUAUGAUAAAGAGGAUCAAGCUUCUCCGGUAGCAAAUGAGUGGUCUGAAAAGAGGAGGGUUGACAUUGCUGGAUUGGUUUCCACUGUCUUAAGAGCCCAUUUACAUGCUUAUGAUCCAGUGUUCUCAAUGACCUUGAUUUAUUUGAUAAGCAUACACAAGGGCUUCUGUCUUCGUCAAGGAAUCUCAUCACCCAUUUCAGACCUUACGCAGAGGUUGCUUCUUGAGGAGCGCGAUCCCCCAGCAAUACCCCAGGAAAGCCUGUCUGAAGCACCUCCUUUUGAUGAGGUGGACAUACAAGCUCUAGCACACGCUGUAGAGCUUACAAGGCAGGGAGCAGUAGAUAGUCUGAGAUUUGCUAAGGGUGAUUUGUUUCAGGCUUUUCAGAACGAAAUAUGUAGAAUGAGAGUUGAUGUUACCCUGCUUGAUGAGCUUGUUCGCGAGUACUGUGUUUAUAGGGGCAUUGUGGAUGCUGGAAUGCAAAGCCCUUCCAAAUCUUUGAAAGUUGACCAAUCAGUGGCUGGUUAUUCUUUGUCAAGAGACAGUUCUCAUGAGGUGCAAUAUGCCAGCAAAAAUUCUGAUGGUGAAGUCUCCAUUAGUACUGAUCAGCGAUGUGGUUCCCCUGAAAAGAAUUCUGAUGUGGCUAGCAUGGAAGGAAUUGAGGUCGAACUACGUUAUGCUUGUGAGUCAACCAGCAACCAUGAAGAUUGUAGCACCAGUAGUUCACAUCAGCCUGAAAAUCUUAGAGUUCCACAAAGAUACAGAACCAAUAUAAGUGCAGAAAGAAGUAAGCGCAAGCGAUGGAUGGGAAGACAAGAUGAUCUUGGGUUUACUCCUGAUGUUUCUUAUGCCAACAACGUUGAUAAAUAUGAGAUUGUGCUUGGGAUGAAGGAGCUAGCUAGCAAAGGAAUGGCUGCAGAGGUUGUAGAAGAAGUUAAUGUGAUGGACCCGAACUUUUUUGGGCAAAAUCCUCUUCUGCUGUUUCAACUUAAGCAGGUUGAAUUCCUUAAGCUUGUCAGCUCUGGUGACUGUUCUAGUGCUCUGAGGGUUGCAUGCUCUCAUCUGGGUCCUUUAGCUGCUAGUAAUCCAUCCUUACUAAAACCCUUGAAGGAGACUUUAUUAGCAUUGCUCCAACCUGAUGAAGAUGCACUUAGAAAAGGCUUCCCGUUGCAUGCUCUUGCAACUUCACUCCAGGUUGCGAUUGGGAAGAGGCUUGGCAUUGAUGAACCCCAGCUUAUGAAAAUAAUGAGAGCAACCCUUCACACACAUAAUGAGUGGUUUAAACUUCAAAUGUGCAAGGAUCACUUUGAAAGUCUAUUGAGAAUUGAUUCCUUGAAAGAAGUUAAUAUGCCUUCGCUUGCUGCUGCCACAACAUCGAAGUCAAAUGCUGAUAGUUGCCCCAGUGGGUCUUCCCAAGUCACAAUAUCGUCAAGCACCAGGAUGAUGGAAGAUGGGAGCAGCCUGUCUCAAGUAUCAUCUGGAGAUGUAGACGAGAAUGCAAUACUGAAAGUAAUGGAAUUUCUAGCUCUGCCUAGAGCAGAUGCCAUCCAUCUUCUUGGACAGUACAAUGGAAAUGCUGAGAUGGUCAUUCAGCAAAUAUUUGCUUAA